CCCAGCGCUGUUGCUGCUUUGUUCCAUUUGCUGCGGUCGUCGUAAGCGCACCGCCGUGGACCCACCGUUUCCUUUUCUUCCUUUUUGUGCAAAACUGGCGCGACCGAACCACAACAAAAGGUACCGCCCUUCUUCCCGCGCACCACCGACACCGUUUCCCUCACUCUGUCCACCCGUGCAACCUUCCCGGAGAGCGCUGCUAAAUGUCGAACAGCACUCCUUCGCCUUCUCCAUCGCCACCACCUCCGCCACCGACACCCGCACCGCAACAGCCAAAGACGACCGCGUGCCAUCCCACCAAAACGCCCCUCUCCGAACUGAACCUGGAUGUGCUCAAUAACAGCAGUAACCGUAACGAUAAACCAAACCAUAAUGUGAUUCUUUCGUCGGGCGAAUGCGUCUGGGCGACGCAGUACCCCGAGAUACAGAAGGCCUGCUUCCUGCACCGAGUCUGCCAGUAUGCGCCGCCCCGCGAGCUGCGUGUGCAAAACGUCGAGCCGAUCCUGCAGAACGGACCCACCUGUGGGCUGACCGCCGUCAGCAUGAUCUUCGAUGGUGCCCCAUCCGCGAAGGCUCUCCUCGAGCUGGCCGUCGCUCGGGGCUACUCUAACAAUGGCGAAAUGUUCAGUGCACGCCAGCUCAACGACCUGUUCGAGCUCGUGCUCGACGAACAUCGGCAUCUCGUCGAGUACAAACCCGUCACCCACGCGCUGGUCGGCGGCUGGAUGGAUGACCCCAACAUCCAGAUCAAACUACGCUUGGGGGCAAUGUUCCUCGUGCCUUACGAUCCUGAUAGGAACCACACGCCCUGCCUCAACAAGGGUCACCGUGCGCACUGGGCGCUCGUCGUGGGCUAUCUCAUCGACCAGUUCGACGACUUUUACGUGUUUGCGCGCCACGGCAAAACGAAAAACCUCGCCCUGUGGUCGCUGCGAGAUCUCUCCCGGAGCAAUGGUAACCUAAUCGAGUUCUGCCAACCGGCCGGACACCCGAACGACACGUUCGUGCUGCCCGAGGGCGGCAUGGGCGGGUGCAACGGGUUGCGCUGUAAAUUUAUCAUGAUCGAACACUAUAAGGCCAAGAACGAGAUCGCACUCUGACGGUACAGGGUAGGCGGCACUACGGCAAGCCCUCGUUCCUGGCGCACCACCGCACUAUCGAGCGGUAGGCUCCACCAUUGUACAGUACCGCUUGUUUUACUUCUCCCGCUAGGCAAGAUCUAUUUAUUUUCCCUCCACAUGAAAUUAUUUACCAAACUACUUAUCGUUACGUUAAUGAUAGCUUUAUUUUCAGUUUACCGGUUUGGCUUUAUAUAAUUAUUCAUUUUAAAACAUGCAUAAAACAGUAUUGAUUUUCUUUUCUCUGUCUCUUCCGUCCUGCGUGUUGUGCGCUUUUCCUCCUUCGUUCUUUGGUUGUUUUCGUUUUUCCGCGCUGGGGCGAGAAAGCGCCUCGAGCAGUGCAAUCAGGAAUCCUACGUUCCACCCGCUUCCUACACCAGCCAAUUGUACAGGAAUCCAGGACCCCAUUGGACCUUUUUACUUUCCUGCGAUGUUGCUCGCACGGCCGUGUGGUAUUCUUUCACUCGAAAGACUAUCGUUCGACCUUUUCCUCAUCGUUCUUUCUUUAUUUCUGGUUUCUUUGACAUUUAUUGCGUUUAUUGUUUUCCGUUCCGUUGUAUGGUAUGCUCAGUAGUCGCCCAGCAUAAUGUAUAAUGCUUUUCAUAUGUUUUAUUUUGUCGUAUUACGUUAAUGUUUGCCAUUUGUGUAUGGGAUAUAAAUAUGUAUGUAUGUAUAUUGGUUCAAUGCAAUGCAAAUAAGACAAGGGGUAAAAUGAUAACACUCGCAACACCGAAGGCAUUCAAACUAACUCGUGAUACACGCGUGUAAUGCUUUGCCGUAGGAACAGGGUAGAAAUGCGUAGGGAACAUGUAGAGAGAAGAAGAAACGCACAUGAUCGUUGCUACGGAUCGCAAAAACCUGCUGUCGAUAUUUAGUUUUUACAUCGCUUGGAUGGAAAUAAAAAGAAACCCAAACCACGUUUGGUUUGGAUACGUCGCCGAAACAACGUU